CGGCGGCGGGCGGCGGCGGCGGCGGGCGACGGCGGCGGCGGCGGCCGGGGGGCAGCGGCGGCCCCAAGAUGCCGCCCACCCUGUUCCAGAAGCUCUUCAACAAGAAGCACGGGCUCGUCUCCCCCGCCAGGGACGCGAGGGACGACUGCGUCUUCAGCUGGCCUUUGCCGGAGUUCGACCCAAGUCAGAUCCGACUGAUUGUGUAUCAGGACUGCGAGAGAAGAGGACGGAAUGUCUUGUUUGACUCGAGUGCUAAAAGAAAAAUCGAGGACGUUUCGGUGUCGAAACUCUGCAGCGAUGCUCAGGUGCGAGUUUUUGGGAAAUGUUGCCAACUGAAGCCCGGAGGAGAUAGCUCUUCUUCCUUGGAUAGUUCAAUCAAUUCGUCCUCCUCAUUCUCUGAUGCAAAAGAACAAUGCCCAAAAUACCAGGGUUCUCGGUGCUCUUCAGAUGCUAACAUGCUUGGAGAGAUGAUGUUUGGCUCUGUGGCCAUGAGCUAUAAGGGCUCCACAUUGAAAAUUCACCAGAUCCGCUCACCUCCUCAGCUCAUGCUCAGCAAAGUUUUCACAGCUCGCACUGGAAGCAGCAUCUAUGGAAGUCUGAAUACGUUGCAGGACAGUCUUGAGUUCAUUAAUCAAGACAGCAAUACAUUAAAGCCUGACCACAGUACGAUUAUGAAUGGACUUCUUGGGAAUAUAGGUCUUUCACAGCUUUGCAGCCCUAGGCGGGCAUUCUCUGAACAAGGUCCGCUCCGCCUGAUCCGGAGCGCCUCUUUCUUUGCAGUUCACAGCAACCCUAUGGAUAUGCCUGGGAGGGAGCAGAAUGAGGACAGAGACAGUGGUAUAGCGAGAUCUGCGUCUCUUAGCAGUCUGCUCAUCACUCCGUUUCCAUCUCCGGGCUCUUCAUUUAACAAAAGCUGUGCUAGCAGCUACCAGCGGCGGUGGCGUCGCAGUCAGACUACCAGCUUGGAGAAUGGGGUCUUCCCUCGAUGGUCCAUGGAUGAAAGCUUUAACUUGUCAGAUGACAGCUCUGGUCCUAGCCCAGGAAUUGUUAGGAAGAAAAAGAUAGCAAUUGGAGUUAUUUUUUCACUCUCAAGAGAUGAAGAUGAGAACAACAAAUUUAAUGAAUUCUUCUUCUCACAUUUUCCACUUUUUGAGAGUCACAUGAACAAACUGAAGAGUGCAAUAGAACAGGCUAUGAAAAUGAGUCGUAGAUCAGCUGAUGCCAGUCAGCGGAGUUUGGCAUAUAACAGAAUUGUUGAUGCCCUUAAUGAAUUCAGAACGACCAUUUGCAACCUCUACACUAUGCCGCGGAUCGGGGAGCCCGUCUGGCUUACUAUGAUGUCGGGGACACCGGAGAAGAACCAGCUGUGCCAUCGCUUCAUGAAGGAAUUCACUUUCUUGAUGGAAAACGCUGCUAAAAACCAGUUUUUACCAGCCUUACUGACUGCAGUCCUGACUAACCACCUGGCCUGGGUCCCUACGGUCAUGCCGAACGGCCAGCCACCUAUACGAAUCUUCCUGGAAAAGCAUUCUUCCCAGAGCGUGGACAUGCUGGCCAAAACUCACCCAUACAACCCGCUGUGGGCACAGCUCGGUGACUUGUAUGGGGCUAUUGGAUCACCUGUGAGAUUAGCAAAAACAGUUGUGGUUGGCAAAAGGCAUGACCUGGUACAGAGAUUGCUUUAUUUCCUCACUUACUUCAUCAGAUGCUCAGAACUUCAAGAGACACAUCUUCUAGAAAAUGGGGAAGAUGAAGCCAUAGUCAUGCCUGGAACUGUUAUAACUACCACGCUGGAGAAAGGGGAAGUAGAAGAAUCUGAGUAUGUGCUUGUCACCAUGCACAAGAACAGGGGCAACUUGCUACCGAGGGAGUCUGAAGAAAUUAGAACUCCCAACUGUAGCUGUAAAUAUUGCAAAUGUCCGAUUUCCCUUGCACAAAACAUAGAAGGUGUUUCACAGCAAGAGAGAGAAGACACGCAAAACACUCCUAAGGUAGAGCUGGAAACGUCUUCAGACGAGAGCAGAACUAUUGUUCCUGAUGAUUGCCAGGAAGAUGCUGUUGAUGUUAAGCCAUCAAGAACCUGCCUGGACACUAACCUGGAGAGCGUGGUGUGCGCAGGGGCGGCUUCACCAGAAAAACGUGUAUCGACAGAAUCUGGUUUAGAGCCAACAGCAAAUGUGUGGAGGGAUGAAGACCCGCUGGAAUCGGGCAACCAGGCAGUCAGCGCAACAAGGUCACCCGGUAUAGCUGUGGAAAAGAAGCCUCCAGAUAAGCUCUUCUGCGAUACGUUUCCUUGCAGUGCUGCUGAAGCUCAGACAAAGGUGACUUUCCUCAUCGGAGACUCCAUGUCACCUGAUUCAGACAUCGAGCUCAGAAGUCAGGCAGUAGUGGAACAAAUUGCGAGGCAUCACAGCCCGCCAGCAGCGGAGGAAGGAGUGUCUGCUGAUCAGAACUGUGAAGCUAAACAAACUGGUGAGGACCAAAAUAGAGACUGUGGGACAACUGAACCCUUUCCUCAAGUUGCUAGCGAGCAUCAGAGCUGGAAUCCAAACCCAUACAACGCUGAGAGCAUGAGUCUGUUUGAUGAAUAUUUUACUGAUGACAGUUCAAUUGAAACCCGGACUAUUGAUGAUAUUCCAGGGCAAGCAGCUACGGACCUUCUUGCUCACAGCAGUAGUUUAGAGUUUUCUAAAAACCUGUGUACAAAGACUAGCAAACCACCUAGCGAAUUUUGUAAAUUUAUGGACUCCGUUCAACAGGAGACAUACAAAAUCUGCUUUGCUGAGCAGGACCAAAGAGAGAAAAUCUCUAUUCGUGUCCCCCAUGGGGACAGAGAAAACACAGAGAAAAAGGUCGCCCCGGGAAUUGAUUGGGACAUUCCAAGAAAUGAGAGUUCAGAUAGUGCCCUGGGUGACAGUGAGAGCGAGGAUGCUGGUCAUGAUCUAACCAGACCAAGCAGUAACUAUUACGGAGGAGAGCAAGAAGAUUGGGCAGAAGAAUAUGAGAUUCCUUUUCCCGGGUCAAAAUUAGUUGAAGUGAACUCUGUCCAGCCCAGUAUUGCCAAUUUUGGAAGAUCCUUACUGGGUGGCUACUGUUCAUCGUAUGUCCCUGACUUCGUUUUGCAAGGAAUAGGAAGUGAUGAAAAGCUGAGACACUGUUUGGUGUCAGAUUUGUCUCAUGCUGUGCAGCAUCCUGUUCUGGAUGAGCCGAUUGCAGAAGCCGUCUGCAUUAUUGCAGACACGGACAAAUGGACGGUGCAAGUGGCCAGUAGCCAGAGACGGAUGAUCGAUAACAAGCUGGGAAAAGAAGUGUUAGUCUCCAGUCUCGUCUCUAACCUGCUUCAUUCCACUCUUCAGCUUUACAAGCAUAAUUUGUCUCCAAACUUUUGUGUUAUGCACCUGGAAGAUCGGCUGCAGGAGCUCUAUUUCAAGAGCAAGAUGCUGUCUGAAUAUCUCAAGGGCCAGAUGAGAGUUCACGUCAAAGAGCUGGGUGUUGUGCUGGGGAUUGAAUCCAGCGACCUCCCUUUACUGGCAGCUGUAGCAAGCACUCACUCUCCGUAUGUUGCGCAGAUACUACUCUGAAAUGCCAGAGGGCACAGACGUUUACCUUUUCCCCCUGGAAACAAAGUGGAAGACAACUUGUUCUGGAUCCUUUCUCUUUGCAGCAGCUGAAACAGCCUGCUCGCUGAGCUGCGCCAUCUCCAUAUAUGACUGCACAUCGUGCAAACACUUGGAGACUUUUCCUCUCCCACUUGGUCUUUUGUAAAAAAAAAAAAAAAAAAAAGAAAGGAAAAUGAGUAAGCCCAAGAGUUCAACCACGGAAAAGUGAAGAUCUUAGCAAAAGCUGAAGAUCUGCAUUUUUUUUAUCAGUUUCUGCCACAAUGGCUAACUGUAAUUUAUACUGGGGAACGCAAGGAAGAACUGCUUUGAGAAAUAUUUGAUGCUAUUGCCAAUUAUAAACUUAACAAGAGAAGGCAGCAGCUGUCUUCAGACUGGCUUAUAUCGAUUAGGAUCGUGUUCAGAUCUGUAAUUCUCAAGCUACAAUGAUUUGUAAACAACUUCUACUUUUUCACCUAGUAGUCAAGUUCUGGAUACUUCCCAGAGGAAGAACAAGGGUUGGAGGGGGACUGUUUUGUUUUGUAAAAAGCUUAUUAAUGAAUGACACUCAGCUCCAAAAUUUAUUUAUGAUCUUUCUCCUGAGGAGAGGGAAUAGUAGGGGGGACAGGGGGACAGGGAGGAGGCAGGGAGAGGCCAACGGGCAAGCUAAAGGUGGAGAUUCUCUUUCUUGGCUGGAUGUCGUAACCAGUAUUAAAUGUUUAUAAUGUUUAAAUGUUGCUUUAUAUUAAGUGAUGCUUUUUUUGACAACAUAAUCAAAAUGUUAGGGAAAAAAAAAAAAAACAUUGGCUGAAGUUUCCCCAUGGGGCCCCCAG